AUGUCGGAUUUCGAGUCCCAGGUACACCGGGCGGCGGCCAGGCACGCCGAACUCCUGCAGGUCUUAGCCGACACGGAUUAUUCGCCCGCCGCCCUCGAUCAACAGUCCCGUUUCAUUGACAACCUAGACUCGCAGAUCGGCGUCUCCAACCAGAAACUCAAGCUGCUCAACAUGAAGCGCGAGAUGGAACACAAUGAGCUCGACAAGUUCCGCGACAGCCAGGUACGGCGCUUCAUGUACAAGGCGGCUUGCCAGCAGAAUAAGUUUGUCGACAAGGCCGAAAAGGGCGAGCGCCACUACUCCGAGGUAGUGCAAAGGGUGCGUCGAGAGCGCAACAUCAACGCCGACCUCCGGGACCAGAGGAAAGAGGCGGCGUUAUCCAAACGGCAGCUCGAGGCCAUGGCCCAUUUGCACGUCGGCGCGCAGCGGAAACUGGACAAGCUCUACCACUCCAUUUUCUCCGGCUCCACGCCACAUUUUCCCGAGGAAAACGAGGCAAAGCGGCAGUGCAAUCGAAUGGAGGCCGCCUACCACGGCGCCAGGGCCGCGUGGGAGGCUGAGUCGAGCGCCGUGCAGCUGCUGGACAAGGGCGACAGCCUGAUGGACGAGGCGCUCACGCGGAUCCGCGACGCCCUGUCGUACUCGAGGGCGGACAGGUUCGCGGGCGGGGGCGUCUACGACAUGAUGGAGCGGAACCGCGUGGCGCAGGCCGACCAGAUAGUGACCAUGGCGCGGCUGCAGGUGAUGAGGGCGCAAAAGGCGUCGCCGCAGGUCCAGGCGCUGCCGGAGGUGACCAUCAACAACGGCCGUGUGCUGCGUGACGUCGUCUCCGACGACGUGUUUGCCGACCGGGCCUUUCGCAAGGAGCUCAAGCACGCCGCCGUGGAGACGCAGCGCUGCGCCACCGAGCUCAAGGGCGAGCUGGACGCGGCGCGCCGGCGGCAGGGCCAGCUGCAGGCCAAGCUGGACCGGCGGGCGGCCGAGCUCACCGAGGCGCGUGCCGUACUGCAGAAGGCGCGCGAGAGAGUCUUUGAGGCCGUGCUGCUGGGGCGCGAGAGCAUGGAGGGGGGCGAGAAUUGGACGACGGAGGCGGCCGCUGGGCGGAGGCGAGGGGCUGCUGCAAACGACGGCGAGCGAGGGACCGGCAAGGAGCGCGAGGGCAGUGGAGGGACAGGAGGAGACGGGUGA